CUUCCCGCUUUCCCCGGAGAAACAUGGCCGGGAGCAGCGAGGAGGCGCCAGACUCCCGGCGAGGCGUCGUGGUUAUGGAUGAUUGGUCAGGGUAUGACUUGAAUUUGUUCACAUACCCACAGCACUAUUAUGGAGAUUUGGAAUAUGUCCUCAUACCUCAUGGCAUCAUUGUGGACAGAAUUGAGCGUCUGGCUAAGGAUAUUAUGAAUGACAUAGGAUAUUGUGACAUUAUGGUCCUGUGUGUGCUUAAAGGAGGUUACAAAUUCUGUGCUGAUCUUGUAGAACACCUUAAGAACAUCAGCCGAAAUUCAGAUCGAUUUGUCUCUAUGAAGGUUGAUUUCAUCAGACUAAAAAGUUACAAGAAUGACCAAUCCGUGGGUGAGAUGCAGAUAAUUGGAGGCGAUGAUCUUUCAACCCUGGCUGGAAAGAAUGUCCUCAUCGUUGAGGAUGUUGUUGGAACUGGGAGGACCAUGAAAGCACUGCUCAGUAGCAUAGAGAAAUACAAGCCCAACAUGAUCAAGGUGGCCAGUUUAUUGGUCAAGAGAACACCCAGAAGUGAUGGCUUCAGACCUGACUACACUGGAUUUGAGAUUCCAAACUUAUUCGUGGUGGGAUAUGCCUUAGAUUACAACGAAUACUUCAGAGAUCUGAAUCAUAUAUGUGUGAUCAAUGAACAUGGUAAAGAAAAAUAUCGAGUGUAA